GUCGCAGUUUGAUCCGCGUUCGGAGUGAAAUUUUACUGCACUACGUGUUCACGUGACAUGUUUGCCCCAUCCUUCUCGCAGUUCCGAGCGGCAUGGAUUCUCAAACUUCACGGAAUUGGAACGGAGCUCAUUCCCCCCUCCUCUGUUCCAGUGUUCCUUCCCUCGUCUCCCUUUUGCUACAGCUUAGAGCUCCGUCGCCUCCUUCUCUCCCCUUUCUCUCCGGCGGCCUUGCUGCCUGGAGAGGAAGGGGAGGGGAGGCUUGGCCAGCCUUCUUCCUUGCUAUGUACAUUACCUUAGUUGCCUUAAAGGCUUGCUGCUGUGGAUCUUUGCCGCCGGAGAUGAGGCCCCGGUGGUCUCGUCGAAGAAUUUUUCUUGCCGUUGUUGCCAUUGCUGGGAUACCUAGUAAUGACUACAACGGUUCCAUUUCUUCCUCAGAUCCCCUCCUAAAUAACAGACUCCCCAUGGAUCUGGUUGCUUCAUCUCCUUUGUAUUUCUUGUUUGCUUGCGCCAGAUCUGUGUCCCCUUUUGUAUCCAAAAAAGUCCCAUGUAUUGCCCGGCCGAAUUUGUUAUCCAAAAUAUUCUCCUUCCGGCGAUCUUGCUCUGAUCUAUUUGAUGUAAUCACCCUGGAUUUCAUGCGGGCCGGUUGGAAGCGGAGGCACGAAAUCUUCCCCAAUCUUUUGGUCUCCACUUCUCUCUGCUCUGGUGAGAUUUUCCCUUCCUAUUUCUUGCACCAGAGUGGGACUCGUCUUCGCCGUCACACUCGUUCUAUAGAUGUUGCUUGUCCCUCUCAACCUCCAAAUCGGAGGCCCGCCAGGCGGUUAUGGGACGAGCCUCUAUGGCUCGAUGUUGGGGGCAUUGCCUGGAACUCCGUUCGGUGGUUGCUGCCCGUCUCAGGGGUUGUGCUUCUCGCCCUGCCUUGGGACUUCUUGAGGCUGCCGAUGCUGAAGAUCAUCCAAAUUUGCUGGCUUCGACGGCUUUCUCUUCCUCUGGGUUUCGCAGAGGUUGUCUGUGCUGGUGGAUUUCCCGUCUGCUGGUGGCGGCUGAUGGCGUGCUCUCGUCGACGGCGAGGUGUGUCUUGGUCGGCAACGGGGUAGAAACCAGGACACGUGUUUCCCCGACUUGGUGUUCUUCGACGCGUGUUCCUGCUCAGCCUGUGAGGAGAAAUUUGACAAACGCAACGCCUUUCUUUGUACUUCGUCCCAAAAGCACAUAUUUUCUCAUGUUAGACAAAAUAGCACAAUUUUCAUUGGAACAUUGACAAAAUAGUAUUUUCUGGUUUUUUAAACAUUUUUCCGACCUGGGCCCACAUGACAGUUUUUUGGACGAAUCUACCCCUGCCCCUUCAUGUACCAAUUGAUUGACAAUCUUCCAGAUUGAUCGAUCUUCUUGUACCUGGACGCCGAGACGCCGGUAGAAGGGCGCCGCCCGCGUCCUCCCAUCCACCGCCCAGCCCUCCGCGAUCGCUGCUGUCUUACCAGACGAGGCCACCGCCGGCUUGGGACGCCAUCCGCUGCUGCCGUGCUCUAUGUCCAGGACAAGCUUGAGGAGGAGUUGCAUCAGGGAUGGCAUCGUGCACCAUGGAGGCAGGGGCAGAAGGUCCUCCUAAUGUGGAAGAUGUCGCGGAGUUGCGAGUCACAAUUUAUAAAUUGACUAUUAGAGUUCGUCGGUUUGUUGCGAAGCUUGACGAUGGCAGCAAGCGUCCUUUCGAGAACCAGGAUUUGGAGUUUCAGAUUAACAUCAGAAGAUUUUCGGUUGAAAAUUUGAUAGAACUGCUUUGGUCUAAAAUAGUUUGGGGUGGUCGACAGGAGGUACAAAUUUUUUGUUUGGACAAACACUUUGGAACAUUAGAGAGGUUAAAUACGUACUGGAAAAUGCUAACGGCGAUUCAUGAUAGAUGGCAAGAAAAAAAAUACUUGUUUUAGCUGAAGUCGUUGACAUUGCAAAGGAUGCAAACUUAUCAUGUUUUGAAAACAUGCCCUCUAGUGUGAUUGAUUGCUCAAUUUCUAAACCUAAGCAAUCAAAUAACAAUAUUGGUGAUAGAUUGGUCAACAUUUGAGAUAACUCCUAUCGGAGAUGACGCGGUAGCUCCUGUGGAAGAGGAGAAUAUGUGUGUGAUACUUCGAAUUGAGGAUGAUGAUGUACAAACACUAAAUGACCCCGCUCCAGCCGCUUCAUGUAUUUUUUAUGCCGAGUUACUUGUUGAAGGAGCUAUACCAGUUGAUGAGCAUAUUCCCGAGGAGAUGGAAAUUUUUUAUGAUAGGGAUCAUCCAACGGUAAAUUUAAAAUCAAUCUUUCCAACAAUGAAAGAUUGUAGGAGGGCCGUAAAGCAAUGGGAAAUGAAUGAAGAAUUUAACCUUGCAACUGACACAGCUGACACGACUAGGUGGAUGGCAUAUUGUAAGGCAAGAGGGAUGCCCAUGGAAGAUAACAUGUCGUUUGAUGGCUGAUAAGACAAAGACCAGGUUACCCAAAUAGGACCGACGCACACAUGCUAUUCAAGUAGCAGGAUGACUUCAGCAAUAGCCUCACGAGAUUGGGUUGCGGAAAGGUCUAAGGCGAUAUUGAAGAAGGAUACUCCAAAUAUUGGUUGCAUGGAACUACAAGAGAAGUUGCAGACAGAAUAUAAUGUAACCACUAGGUAUCAUGCAGUAUGGAAGGGGAGAGAGAGAGCAAUGAAUGAGAUUUAUGGCACAUGGGCUAGUAGCUUUCGGCAUUUGUUCAGUUUCAAAGCAGAGAUGGAAAAGAGAUCUCCAGGCAGCAUUGUUGAGGUUGAUACACAUAUAAAGGAUGGUAAAGUGUACUUUCACAGAUUUUUUAUGGCACUUAAGCCCUGUGUAGAUGGAUUCCUUGAUGGUUGUAGACCUUAUCUUAGCAUAGAUUCAACUGCAUUAAAUGGGAAGUGGAAUGGGCAUUUAGCUGCAUGCACUGCUUUAGAUGGACUUAAUUGGAUGUAUCCAGUUGCAUUUGGUUUCAUUGAGGUCGAAAAUGAGGAUAAUUGGAGAUGGUUUAUGAGACAAGUUUAUAAAGCAAUAGGACCAAUUCCAAAGCUUGUUGUGAGUACUGAUGCAUGUAAGGGGUUAGAAAAUGCAGUCAAGAAAGUUUUCCCUCAAGCAGUUUUCCCUCAAGCAGAACAGAGGGAGUGUUUUAGGCAUUUGAUGCAGAAUUUUUCUAAAAAAUAUCAUGGUGAUAUGAUUGGGCGAAUGUGGGCACCAGCUAGGACAUAUAGACCUGAAAUGUUUGAGUACCAUUUUUGCAAGGUUCUAGAAGCAAACCCCACCGUGGGAACAUAUUUGAGUGUGUACCACAAUUUGAAAUGGAUGAGGUCUAGCUUCGACACUGAAAUCAAAUGUGAUUACAUCCAUAACAACCUUGCUGAGUGUUUUAACAACUGGAUAAGAGGCAUAAAAGAUCUACCUGUAGAUGAGCUAGCUGACACACUUAGAGGGAAGAUAAUGAAAUUGUUUGACACAAGGAGAAAGAUUGGAAACAAACUCCGAGGAUGGAUGCUUCCUGCGGUUGUACAGCAAGUCAACAAUAGGACUAGAGGUCUUGGACACUUGAAGGUUACCAGAUCUAGUAAUUGGAAAUGUGAGGUUAGGAACAUCGAAAAAGACAACUUGAGGCAUGUGGUAGAUAUUGAACAAAAUGAGUGCACCUGUCUUGAGUGGCAGCACACUGGUAAACCUUGUGAACAUGCACUUGUUUUUUUGAUUGGAAGAAGAAAUGUCCAGAUGGAAAAAUAUCUACAUGAAUACUUCUCUGUGAAAAGGUUCAAGGCUGCUUAUAUGGGAGGUAUUGAGCUUCUUACAGAUAGAUCUCAGUGGCCUAAUGUUAAAUUAGACUUUGUAUUGCACGCUCCACUUCCCAAAAGGUCUGCAGGAAGGUCUAGAAAGUUACGAUUGAAAAGUUGCCUUGAAAAGGGGGGGAGUAGCUCUAAGAAAAACCCACCAAAAGGUCAAUUAGGAAGUCAAAACAGAUGCAAAAAGUGUGAUCAAUUGGGCCAUAGAGAAGCUGGAUGCCCAACUAAUGGAGUAAAGAAAAGGGUGAGGAAAUCUAGAAAGAAAUCUGUAAACACUGAAGUUGAUGUUGAAUGUAGAUUUGAAGGAGAUGCCCAAACCAGCCCCCCUGGAGACAUAACUUCAAUGGCUGCCCUACAAAGAAGCCCUGGUCCGAUGACAAGGAGUCAAGUUGCUCGUGGAACAUCUGUUCGAGGCACAACUUCAUUGGCUAUUCUACAAAGCAGCCCUGGUCCUGUCACAAGGAGUCAAGUUGCUCUAGGGACUCCUGUUCGAGGCACAUCUCCACUGGCCGUCCUACAAAACAGCCCUGGUCCUAUCACAAGAAGGCAACUUGCUCUUGCAAUGGCAUCAGAAAGAACAUUGGGAAGCCCUAUUUCUCCAUCGAGGCCUCUUGUGACGGCUGCAAAGAAGAUUACUCCGAAGAGGAAGAAAAGAGCAUGAUGCAGCGUGCACUGGAGAAUGAUGCUUAUUUUCGUGCUCAUGCAAUGGCUUAGUCUGUUGUAGUGAGAUGUGGACUCACUUUUACUUUAGGACAUAUUGAGGUCUUCUAUUUAGGAUAGAUAUUGAACUCUAUGGAAGCUAUGCAAUGAAGAGAUCUCUACAACGAACAUGUCUCUUCUCUUAUAUUUGUUGUCAUCAGCUAUACAUUAUUUAUGUGGAGAAACAUUCUAAAAAAAUGAAGA